GAGUGGUGCUGUGAGUUGUCUGAAGACCGACUGUGUGGACAUUUCCAAUGCGGGGUUUGAAUUAAAGCAGACACACGGACAAAAACAAGUCCUCCUGUUGUCCUGGUUGUUGUUUGUCUUGUUGAGCUCGUGCAGCCGACUGCGAGGACACAGGAUGAAGUAUUUCACCAGGCUGAGAGUCAGGCGAGUCUACGAGUGGCGUGGAAGGCCUUUAAGUUUCAACAGGAAGUUAAAAACCUAUGAAUAUGGCUCUUUGGCCAUCAGCGUGGAGGGUCUCUCAAGUAGCACUGUCAUCAAGAUCGGCCAACACAUCCUCAUAGAAGGAGAGGACGAAGACUGCCCGUACGUGGCCAAAGUCAUCAGGCUGUUUGGUGACGAGAGCGGGAAGCAGAAGAAGGCGGUGGUUCAGUGGUUUGUUCGCGUGUCCGAAGUGCCGUUGAGCAAACGGAAGAUGCUGGGCAGAGAGCCUCACGCGAAGGAGAUCUUCUACUACCAGGGUCGCAGCUGUGACGACGAGGUCGACGCCGAGUCCAUCCUCAAACCUGUGCAGGUGAUGCACCUCGAUGCAGAAGCUCCAUUCCCGGACUCUAGCGAUGGGGACACGUUGUACGUGAAGCUGUCCUGGGACUCCAAGACCUUCAGAAAGCUGGACUCCCCUCUGGGGCCCUCCGAACUCGCUCCAGCUCUCUCCCCUCUUCCUUGUCCCAAGCCCUCCCUCCCUCCCUCACCCCUCUGCGCCCCGCCCGCGGCGGCUCCGGCGACUCAGGGCGCCACCUUCCGCGCCUUGCCGACUCCGGACCUCGCUGUCAUGCGCCGGGCCGCGCGGGGGGAAGUGAGACCCAGCCGGGCCACCGUGAGCGCGGGCAAGGCCUUCGUCGCCGAGGCGGAGUCUCUGCACUCCGUCACCAAACUGUCGGCCUCAAAAUGUCUGAGCGCCACGAGGAGGAACGCCUCGUCCGGGACGCCCGGCGUCCGCAAGAAACUGCAGCUGAGCAAUUCUGAGACGCAGUCGAUGAUCAGCGACGACAUCCUGGGCCAGCUGCUGGACGAGGAGCUGGAGCUGGAGUUGAAGUCUGCUGUCCGAAGGCUGUCGGAAUCCCCCCCUCAGGUCCUGUCCUUCCCCCACAGCCUCACCCCCCUCAGGAAUCCCCACAAAGCCUCCGGUGCUCUGGGCACCUUCUCCCUGAAGCCGUCCUCCAUCGUCCUCCACAAGGUGUCUCUCUCCGAGUGGAACAGUCCGGCAUCACCAGCCAGACACGACUCCAGAAGUCCUCAGCAGGGCGAUGAGGUGAUGGAGGCAGGGCCACCGACGGGCUCAGUCGAGACGCCCAGAAGAACCGCUACGCCUAGGCGGCAGUAUGCCACCAGGGAGCAGAAAGCUACCACGCCUUCUCAAAAAACCCAACCACAAACCCCGAAGGAACCAGCCCUGGGAGUCCUGGCCGAAGUGGAUGAUGAAGACUCUCCGAUGCUGCCGGUCACCGGCACACCGAGGAGCUCGAAGAGGAAGUCGGCCCAGCUGGUUGCGUCUCGCAUCAGAAAACAGCUGAAUCUUCUGGACAACCUGCAGGACCUGAACUCGGACGGAGAGGAUGAGGAGGAGUUUGUUCCAUCCAAGAAGGAGCUCCAGAGCAGCAGUGAGGAUGAUGACGAUGGGGAGGAGGAGGAGGCGGGGCUUGAUAGUGAUGAGGAGGUAGUUUUCAAAAAGGGCAAAUAUGCUGCGGCCGGGUCUCGUACGCCUCAGUCGAAGCGGCGAACUCGCUCCUCGUCCAGAACGCCGCGAAAAACUCCAAACAAGAAGGUCACACCCGGCACGCCGCGGACUCCCCAUCGCGCCGUGCCCAACAUCCCCAGCAGGUCGCUGCCGGCCCGACAGCCCGCUAAUGUUCUGGAGGAGGCCAGAACGAGGCUGCAUGUGUCCUCGGUGCCAGAGUCCCUGCCCUGCAGGGAGCAGGAGUUUCAGGACAUCUACAGCUUCGUGGAGAGCAAGAUCGCAGACGGCACGGGGGGGUGCAUGUACAUCUCGGGUGUGCCGGGCACGGGGAAGACGGCCACGGUCCAGGAGGUGAUGCGCUGUCUGCAGCACGCGGCCGACGUGGACGAGAUCCCUCCUUUCCACUUCAUCGAGGUCAACGGGAUGAAGAUGACCGAUCCUCAUCAGGCCUACGUCCAGAUCCUGCAGAAACUGACGGGUCAGAAGGCCACAGCCGACCACGCAGCAGCUCUGCUGGAGAAGAGAUUCGGCAACGCUGCGCCCAGGAAGGAGACGACCGUGCUGCUGGUGGACGAAUUGGACCUGUUAUGGACCCGGAAGCAGAACGUCAUGUACAACCUGUUUGACUGGCCGACGCGGCGUCACGCCCACCUGGUGGUGCUGACCAUCGCAAACACCAUGGACCUGCCGGAGAGGAUCAUGAUCAACAGAGUGGCCAGCAGACUGGGUUUGACCAGGAUGUCGUUCCAGCCGUACAGCUUCAAGCAGCUGCAGCAGAUCAUCAUGUCCCGGCUCAACAAGGUGAAGGCCUUCGACAAGGACGCUCUCCAGCUGGUGUCCAGGAAGGUGGCCGCGCUGUCGGGCGACGCUCGCCGAUGCUUGGACAUCUGCCGCAGGGCGACGGAGAUCUGCGAGCACUCUGCCGCCGACCCUUCGGCCGCCGGUUUGGUUGGAAUGAGUCACGUGAUGGAGGCGCUGAACGAGAUGUUUUCCUCCACCUACAUCACGGCCAUCAAGUGCGCGUCGCUGCAGGAGCAGCUCUUCCUUCGGGCGGUCAUCGCGGAGUUUCGGCGGCUGGGCUUGGAGGAGGCCACCUUCCAACAGGUGUUUGUGCAGCACCAGGCUCUGUGCCGGGUGGAGGGCCUGCAGCCCAUCAGCGUGUCCGAGGGCCUGGCGGUGUGCCAGCGCCUGGGAGCCUGCAGGUUGCUGCUGCUGGAGCCGAGCCGCCUGGGAGUCCUGCUGCGAGUCCGCCUCAACGUCAGCCAGGACGACGCGCUCUACGCCCUGAAGGCCGACUGACAGGCUCCUCUUCAGACUCCUUUAUCUGAACCGCGUGAGAUUGUUCCCCCCGAGUUAUACAAACUGAACUCCAACAGAAUUUAGUUUUUAAGUACUUUGUGUGUAAUGUCCUCAAACUCCUCAGAUCAAGAACACUAUCACACUUUGAAGCAGAGGGACAUAUUUGGAGUCAAAAGUUCUUUGUGGGAUUGUCCCCAGUUUAAAAUGUUUUGCUCUUGAAUUAUUUUAACCUUGUACAGUGCAUUUUAUUUUUAUGUUUCAAUACCUGGAUAUGCAAUAAAGCUCCAUAUUUAAUAUGAA